CCCCUUUUUCCUCCCGGACACGCUGACUACCUGGGAGCAGAACUAUGGCGGAUGGUCCAGUAGCUGAAGUGCUUCUGAGGAGGCUGGAGGCGGCCGAUGGCGGCCUGGACAGCGCGGAGCUGGCGGCCGAGUUGGGCGUGGAGCACCAGGCUGUGGUGGGCGCCGUGAAGAGUCUGCAGGCGCUGGGCGAAAUCAUUGAGGCUGAGCUACGCUCUACCAAGCGCUGGGAACUGACGGUUGAGGGCCAGGAGAUUGCCCAGGAGGGCAGUCAUGAGGCCCGGGUGUUUCAUUGUGUUCCCCCAGAGGGCCUGACCCAGAAUGCACUCAUGCAACUGCCCAGUGGCAAAGUGGGCUUCAGCAAGGCCAUGUCCAACAAGUGGAUCCGAGUGGACAAGAGUGCACCUGAUGGUCCCCGGGUUUUCCGAGUGGUAGACAGCGUGGAAGAUGAGGUACAGCGGCGGCUCCAGCUGGUCCAAGGUGGGCAGGCAGAGAAACUGGGUGAGAAGGAGAAGAAUGAGCUGAGGAAGAGGAAACUACUCAUGGAAGUGACCCUGAAGACCUACUGGGUGAGUAAAGGCAGUGCCUUCAGCACCACCAUUUCCAAGCAGGAGACAGAACUGAGCCCAGAGAUGAUCUCCAGUGGCUCCUGGAGGGAUCGGCCCUUCAAGCCCUACAACUUCUUGGCCCAUGGUGUCCUCCCAGACAGUGGCCAUCUACACCCUCUGCUCAAGGUCCGCACACAGUUCCGGCAGAUCUUCCUGGAAAUGGGGUUCACUGAGAUGCCCACUGACAACUUCAUCGAGAGCUCCUUCUGGAACUUUGAUGCUCUCUUUCAACCUCAGCAGCACCCAGCACGAGACCAGCAUGAUACCUUCUUCUUGCAAGAUCCAGCCGAGGCCCCACAGCUCCCAAUGGACUAUGUCAGUCGGGUCAAGCGGACUCAUUCUCAAGGUGGUUACGGCUCACAGGGGUACAAAUACAACUGGAAGCUGGAUGAAGCCCGGAAAAAUUUGCUACGCACACACACCACGUCAGCUAGUGCCCGAGCUCUCUACCGCCUUGCCCAGAAGAAGCCCUUCAUGCCAGUCAAGUACUUCUCCAUUGAUCGUGUGUUCCGGAACGAAACCCUGGACUCAACACACUUGGCUGAGUUCCAUCAAAUUGAGGGUGUUGUGGCUGAUCACGGCCUUACCCUGGGCCACCUCAUGGGUGUUCUCCGGGAGUUCUUCACCAAGCUGGGUAUCACCCAGCUUCGCUUCAAGCCAGCCUACAAUCCCUAUACAGAACCUAGCAUGGAGGUGUUCAGCUACCAUCAAGGCCUAAAGAAGUGGGUGGAGGUCGGGAACUCUGGUCUCUUCCGCCCUGAGAUGUUGCUACCGAUGGGGCUCCCUGAGAAUGUGUCAGUCAUUGCCUGGGGCCUCUCUUUGGAGCGCCCAACAAUGAUUAAAUAUGGUAUCAACAACAUCCGGGAGCUGGUGGGCCACAAGGUGAAUCUGCAGAUGGUGUACGAUAGUCCCCUGUGCCGCCUGGAUGCUGGAUCAGAGCCUCCAAGGACACAGGAGGCCGCAUAACAUGGGCUGCCAUGGAUAGACCUCCCUCCCCGAGUCCCUGCUGUCCAGCCUGUGAGGUCCCUUGCCAGUGACCCUUUGUUUAUGAGACUUCUUGAGGUCAUACCCUCUGCCCCUGAUAGCUCCUCUUCCUGAAGUGUCCCCAGGAACUGGGAAUUGGGUAGUGGUUUUGUUCUGUUUCCUACCUGUGAGGAUAAACACUGAGGAGCCCUGCAGGGCAGCUACCAGCUAAUAAAGUUGGUCACCUUCAUCUGGUGCCUUUAGGGGUGGAGGGCUCUGGUCAGCUCUCCCAAGCCCAUCAUGCACUUGAUGGGGAUAAUCAAAUGCUGGGGCCUUUGGUAUGAGGGAUGGUAGGUUGGGGGAUAUUGAAUCUUCAGGCCAGCCUGAAUUAGAAGUCCAAGGAAAGGCAGUCUCUGUCAGGCUUUUACUGAUCACCAGUUGGUGUCAGGCUCUCUUCUAGAAAAUGGACCUGCAAUACCUGUGAAAGUGAUAUAUGGGGGUGGGGGGGGAGUAGACAGUUUUAGAACCCCAGGUACCAAAAUUCCCUCUAAUUGGUGUUGAGAGGGGAUGGAGCAAUACAAACUUACAAAAACUGCUAGGUUACUUGUUUUUUCUAAUAUAUAUUAUAGCAAUUUUAGAUUUGUGGCAAAAUUGAAUGGAAAGUACAGAGAUUUCCCAAAAACCCCUCUCCCCACAUCUCCAUAGCUUCCCUACCUAUAUCCCUCUGAAGAGAAGAGUAUUUAUUAGAAUGGGUGAACUUACACUGUCAUGCAGCAUUACCCAGAGUCUAUAGUUAACACUGAAGUUCAUUUUCUGAGAUGUGUAUUUUGGGGGUUUGGGCAAUUAUAUGAUUUACUCAUCAUAAAUAUCAUACGGAAUAGUCUCAAUGCCCUAGAAAUCCUCUGUGUCCCACCUCUAUCCCUCUUCCCCCAAGUCACCAAAAAUAAUGCUACUCUUUAAAAAAAAGUUUUAUAAGAAUUACCGCUGAGACCAGAAUAACAAAGUAGAAUAAAGACCUAUGAGCCUAGUGCUUAAUUAGACAACGAAUGGGGUCUUUUGCUGGGCGUCCAAUCUAUUAAUUUUCUAUAGGAAUAUUUUAAAGCAAAUUCCAGACAUCUGAGGGCUCAACCUACCCUAGGCUUUGCAUUGCACUUUUGAAAUGGACCAUUUCUUCUGUAACCUCCAGGCUACUGUCACACUCGGUAUUUGGCAGUCAGUUGAGGCUACUGGGCUGUGCUGGUCUGGAACCCUAUGAGCACCCAUCUCGUAAGGGCUCCUCAGUUAAAUCUUUUGUUUGAAAUUAAACAGUUAAGUCAUACAGAAAGAUACUUAUUCAAUGUGUACCUUCAGAGUUCCAGCACUUGCUCAUGAGCUAAAACAUACUGAGCUGCCAAAUCAUAUAGGUGGUAGCUGACACAGGGAUGAAGAAGGGAGGUUUUCAGGAGACAUGAUAAAUAAAUACUUGGGAGCAGGGGUAUAAAGGCAUAUAGAAAAAGUGAGUAGGGUGAAGCAUAUAUAAAGCAUAAUACAACAGAGGCCCAAGGAUCCACCCCUAGUUUAAUAGAAUCUGAAUAUUAACUAUUUGUUUUGGGUAUAGCAUUUUUUAGAUUUAUGUGACUGGUAGUGGUGAGUUUGAAGACUCCUAUGGGCUUGCCCUGUGGUGGGUUUGCCUCACACAGCUGAGGUUAAUACCCUCUUCUGAAUUUGGUAUUUAUUCUCAUGUGUUUUGACAUAUUUUCUAUCUGUGUUACUUUAAUGAGACAUGGCUUCAUUUCUAUGUUUUCAGAAGUAUACCAGCUGUACACUAUUAAAAAAAUCCUGUAUCUUG